AUGGAUAAAAAGGUAACCUCUUUCCCCGCAAAGAAAAUGCGAGAGAACUUUGCACAAAGAAUCCAGCAGUACGGGAAGAGAGGGAAAGGAGUGCGAAAUAAAGAUGAGAACAGAGAUGAAAAUAAAGACGAGAAAAGAGAUGAGAAUAAAGACGAGAACAGAGAUGAGAAUAAAGAUGAGAACAGAGAUAAGAAUAAAGACGAGAACAGAGAUGAGAAUAAAGAUGAGAACAGAGAUGAAAAUAAAGACGAGAACCGAGAUGAGAAUAAAGAUGAGAACAGAGAUGAAAAUAAAGACGAGAACAGAGAUGAGAAUGAAGAUGAGAAAAGAGAUGAGAAUAAAGACGAGAACAGAGAUGAGAAUAAAGAUGAGAACAGAGAUGAAAAUAAAGACGAGAACAGAGAUAGAGAUAAAGACGAAAAUAAAGACGAGAACAGAUGA